AUGGAUGGUCCCCAUGCCACCAGUGAAGCUACAACUUUGGCUGGAUACACUAUUCCCAAGGGCACCAUAAUACUGGGAGAUUUGUACCGGGUUCUUCACGAUAAGAAUAACUUCGAGGAUCCUUACAAGUUCAAACCAGAAAGAUGGCUGGAUGGUGAUGGUAAAGUGAUCAAGUCGGACAAAAUGAUACCGUUUUCCAUUGGGCCUCGUGUUUGUCUUGGUAAGGGACUGGCUGAAAUGGAAUCGUUCAUUUUCUUCAGCACGUUGCUUCAGAAUUUCACCUUCAAGGUACCGGAGGGGGAAAACCCACCCAAUGGAAUGGAGGGUCUGAACGCGAUCAUUUUCUCGCCACACGAUUACAAUGUGUGGGCAGUUAGGCGCUAG